UGAAUUGAAGUUAUAAUCUAUAUUUCAAAGCAACACAAUGUCUGAUCUCUGUAGAAAAUUGGAAGUCGAUGUCGAAAUCAAGGCCCCAGCUUGGAAGUUCCAUGAAUUAGUCCUCAAGAGACCACACCAUAUUUCCAAUGUUUCUGGGGGCAACAUACAAGGUUGUGAGCUCCAUGAGGGUAAUUGGGGCGAAGUGGGUUCUAUCAUCUCCUGGAACUACUUUCACGAUGGAGAAGCUAAAGUAGGAAAGCAUCUGAUUGAAGCAGUAGAUGAGGAGAAGAAUAUGAUCACUUUCAAAGAAAUAGAAGGAGACCAAUUGAAGAAUUAUAAAAACUUCAAGUGUACUCUCCAAGCUAUUCCAAAGGGCAAGGGAAGUGUGAUUCACUAUACUAUAGAAUAUGAAAAAUUGCAYGAAAAUAUUGGAGAUUCACAUUCCUUGCUUCAAUUUCUCGCUGACACCGCCAAAGAUAUCGAUGCGCACCUUAUGGGAGGUAACUGAGAAACCGAAACCACUGAUGGGAGGUCGGGUCUGAUACCGAUCGAGUAUUGACWUCUACUAUGCGUUAUGUAUGAACUCUAUGUUUAAAAUAAUUGCUUGUAAGCAAAAUGUUUUCUUUGUGCAUGUUCUACGAAAUCAUGCAUUGGAGAACUCAUGGUUGUGAGAUAUUAUGAAUGUAAACCUACUUAUAAAUAAUGGUGUGGGAUAAAAACUACCUGAAUUAUGUUGAAUUAGGUUACUUACUUUGGGGACGUUUGGAUUGUGGGUUUUGUUUCAGGGUGAAUAUCUUCUGUGUUUGGAUAAUUAAUAGAAAUGGAGGUGGAAUUUAAUGGA